AUGGAUCUGGAAGAACAGAGUGAAGGUCCUGACAGUCCAGGGAGCAGCACGUCUCUGCGGCAGCGCUCCAAAUCGCAGAAGAGCCAGCUGCCUCCGGGCUGGCGUGGCACUUUGAGAAGAUUCGUGAUGUCAGUGCCUUUCGAGGCAUUCUUCGCAGUGUGCAUCAUCUCCAAUGCAGUUUUCCUUGGAGUGGAGGUGGAGUACUAUGUUCAAAAUCCAGGACCGAGUCCAAUUUGGGGUGAGGUCAUUGGGCAAGUCUACAACUUUCUGUUUUUGGUGGAGCUGAUCUUCCGACUUGUUGGUCUUGGACCUGCUCUCUUCUUCAAGGGAGAAAGUUGGGCCUGGAACUGCAUGGACCUGCUGAUCGUGGGCAGUGCCAUUUUCGAGACCUUGGUUCAGAUCACAUUGACUUUGAUAUACGCAGGCGCUCCCCCCAACACUGGUGUGGAGAGUUUGUCGAAUUUGCGGGUCAUCCGAAUCGUUCGCAUCACCCGGCUGGUGCGCCUCACGCGCAUUGCGCGGAUCACACGAUUCAUCAAAGCUUUGAGGACAUUGGUGAGUUCCAUCGUUUUCACCUUGAAGUCCCUGAUCUGGGCCACCGUCCUGUUGUGUUUGAUCAUCUACGGGUUUGGCAUUGUCUUCACUCAAGCGGCCGUGAUGUUUGGGGCAAGCUCCACGGAGAGUCCGACAAUGGAGACCUUGGAUGGCAUCGACUUGUACUGGUCUGAUUUACCCACUUCCAUGCUGACUUUGUUCAUGAGUAUCACAGGCGGUCUCAGUUGGGAAGCAGCCUUGAGACCCAUGCAAAAGGUGUCUCCUUUUUGCGUCUUCCUUCUGCUCUUCUACAUUUCAUUUUCUUAUUUUGCGGUUUUAAACGUGGUUACGGGCGUGUUUUGCCAAAGCGCGAUCGAAUCUGCCCAAAGUGAUCACGAAAUGAUCAUGCAGAACAUCAUUGCAAACAAAGAGGCGCAUAUUCGGAAGGUCAGAUCCUUGUUUACAAACUUGGAUGCUGACGACUCCGGCUACAUCAGCCUCAAGGAGCUAGAGCAGAACAUCGACAAAAAGUCGGUGACCACCUACUUUGAAGCCCUGGAGCUGGAUGUGCACGAUGCGUGGACAUUUUUCAAAUUGCUUGAUACUGAUGGUGGAGCGGCCAUCGAAAUUGAAGAGUUCCUCUGCUUCAAAGCAGUUUUUGAUGGGCUGUUGCUUGGUUACAAGUCAUUAGAUGGUCUUCGCCUCCGCGGCCCUGCUCGUGCCUUGGAUCUGGCGAAGAUGCAGCAUGAACAGAACUGGAUGUCACAACAACUUGGUCAAUUCAUGGGCCACGUGGAGGUGAAUUUGAAGAAGUUGGAGACCGGCAUUGUCAAACUUUGCGAGGUGCAGAUGGAGCUCUCGACCAUGGGCAGCAAAGUAUCGCUGUCCAACAUGCUAUCUCCUCAGGUGUAUCCGAAGGCAAAGGAACCGAAACUGCCCGAGGUUGAAGAGCAACAUUCACAAGAAGCGUCGCAAGGAGCUUCAGAGGUGGAUGCGAUUGAGACCUGUGAGACUCCCGGCCACGUCACGCACGUCAAUGCGAUCCUUCCUGGUCUAGCCAGGGCUCAGGACAACGUUCUGGUUUGCGAAAGUUGGCCUGAGCAACUGUAGGCGCCCGCACCAGGCCUGCUAGGCUUACACAUCUUGACCGACGAAUGCCGGUGCAUGUCACGGCAAAAGCCCGUUGCUUUGUGCAAAUUCGAGUAAUUUUUCUCCGAGACCAGCUGAAUCCUGUC